AUGAGUAACAGAGGUAACAGUGAAAAUAGUAGUGGAAUGAGUAACAGAGGUAACAGUGAAAAUAGUAGUGGAAUGAGUAACAGAGGUAACAGUGAAAAUAGUAGUGGAAUGAGUAACAGAGGUAACAGUGAAAAUAGUAGUGGAAUGAGUAACAGAGGUAACAGUGAAAAUAGUAGUGGAAUGAGUAACAGAGGUAACAGUGAAAAUAGUAGUGGAAUGAGUAACAGUGAAAAUAGUAGUGGAAUGAGUUACAGAGGUAACAGUGAAAAUAGUAGUGGAAUGAGUAACAGAGUUAACAGUGAAAAUAGUAGUGGAAUGAGUAACAGAGGUAACAGUGAAAAUAGUAGUGGAAUGAGUAACGGAGGUAACAGUGAAAAUAGUAGUGGAAUGAGUAACAGAGGUAACAGUGAAAAUAGUGUAAUGAGUAACAGAGGUAACAGUGAAAAUAGUAGUGGAAUGAGUAACAGAGGUAACAGUGAAAAUAGUAGUGGAAUGAGUAACAAAGGUAACAGUGAAAAUAGUAGUGGAAUGAGUAACAGUGAAAAUAGUAGUGGAAUGAGUAACAGAGGUAACAGUGAAAAUAGUAGUGGACUGAGUAACAGAGGUAACAGUGAAAAUAGUAGUGGAAUGAGUAACAGAGGUAACAGUGAAAAUAGCAGUGGAAUGAGUAACAGAGGUAACAGUGAAAAUAGUAGUGGAAUGAGUAACAGAGGUAACAGUGAAAACAGUAGCAGCAUUUUAAGGGGUAACAUAGUGCCUGGCUGGGGCAUUACAUUGGAACUGUAUUUGGAGCAGGGGUAA